AUGGAGGUGGAACCGAGCCCACAGGAAAUAGCAAAGAAGCUGUGGAGCAUAGCUAGAGUCGUCUUCUUCAUGCUAAGAAAAGGUGUAUCGAAGAGCAAGCUAAUGGUUGACCUCUACAUGCUCCUCAAGCGCGGCAAGCUGGCCGGAAAAGCCCUCGGAAACCUCAUGCUCCACCACCACUACGCCGCCAUGACCUGCCGCUCCAACGACGUCCACCUCUCCUUCGUCUCCCCCGCGAGUACGAGUUCAGCUGCAACAACAGCCCCGUCCAUCCCUCCUACUACUACUCCUCCUCCUCCGCCCACCGCCACAAGCACCACCACAGCCACCUCCACCUCCACCACCCCCGGCGCCGCCACUCCGCUGAUGACGACGACGUCAAAGUCGUCCAGAAGGUUUUAG